AAAAGAAAGAAAGAAGCGGCUUCGAAGGCAGAGAAGAAGCUGAAAACAGAGGCCAAGCCUUCAAAGGUGCCAGAAGAAGCAGGGGGACAAGGUGGUGAGGAGGGGACCAUGUUCCAGAUUGGGAACACGCGCUAUGUCAGAGUGUCCUGCUUCAAGGGGAAGGUCCUUGUGGACAUCAGGGAGUUCUACGCUGACAAGGAUGGAGACAUGAAGCCGGGGAGGAAAGGGAUUGCUCUGUCUGCAGACCAGUGGAACCAGCUGAAGGAGAUCAUCCCCGAGGUCGAUGCUGCAGUGAAGAAGCUCUAA